AUGGCGGACCCAGCCGCGGGCUGGUGGAAGCUCACCUUCCUCCGGAAGAGGAGGUCCCAGCCUAAGGUUCUGUACGAGAUCCCAGGGGAAUACGCCUCCAACUCCAACAGCCCAACCUACACUUCCCCUUCCACCGCCUCCACCGCCAGUCAGCCGGCCACAGCAGCAGCAGACGGGGCCCAGGACUCUGAGCUGAACGCCAGGCUAGAGAGGAUCGUAGACAAGACCACCACGGCCACCAGGGGGCGCCACGUCAAGGUGUCGCACUCUGGGAGGUUCAAGGAGAAGAGGAGGCCGAGGGCCUCGUUGGGCAGGGACACAGAGGGGUCAACAACCACCUGCCUCAACCUGGCGGAGAUGGUCGACAAAGCCUCCAAAAGAUCGGUAGUUGAUCGUGACAUGCAGAAGUCUGUGUCUAACUGUCCUUAG